CGAAUUCCAGCCGGAGUGCGCGCGCACACGCACAAGCACACAAAAGAAAGAGAGUCCACCCACAAACGAAGGAACACACCUCUGUUUAAAAGCGCGGUGCCGCGCGGAAGCGGACGCGCCACUCGAACCGCUUCCACAGAAAGGUGUCGCGCGCGCGGCUGCACGCGGAACUCAGAAUGUUUUGGUGUGGAAGUGUGCUGCUGCUGUCUUUGGCCCUGGCCAGCCCCCCUGCGGAGCUGUCCCUGGAUGCAAUGUGGGACAGCUGGAAGAUCACCCACGGGAAGGAGUACAACGGCCAGGGUGAGGAGGCAUUCCGGAGGGCCGUCUGGGAAAAGAACAUGAAGCUGAUCGACGCCCAUAACAAAGAAUUUGAGUUGGGCAUCCACUCCUACGAAUUGGGCAUGAACCACUUGGGAGACAUGACCAGCGAGGAAGUGGCCAAGAUGAUGACUGGACUGCGUGUGCCCCACACCAGACAAUCCAAUGACACGUUUUUCCCUGAAAUCGACAUGGAGAAGCUGCCAAAAGCCAUCGACUACCGCAAACUGGGCUAUGUGACACCUGUGAGGAACCAGGGCUCCUGCGGCUCCUGCUGGGCCUUCAGUUCUGUCGGUGCCUUGGAGGGUCAGCUGAAGAAGAAAAAGGGGAAACUGGUAAACCUCAGCCCUCAGAACCUGGUGGACUGCGUCACUGAAAAUGACGGCUGCGGUGGCGGCUACAUGACCAAUGCCUUCAAAUAUGUCCAGACCAACAAAGGCAUUGACUCUGAGGAGGCGUAUCCCUAUGUUGGGCAGGACCAGACUUGUGCCUACAAUAAGUCAGGCAAGGCUGCCUCAUGCCGUGGCUACAAAGAGAUCCCCAAGGGAAAGGAGAAGGCUCUGCAGGUGGCUGUGGCAAAUGUUGGACCCGUGUCUGUGGGCAUUGAUGCCUCCCUCUCCAGCUUCCAACUCUACAAGAGGGGUGUGUAUUAUGAUGCCGACUGCAGCUCAGAAAUGAUCAACCAUGCAGUGCUUGUCGUAGGAUAUGGCGUCACACCCAAGGGCAAAAAAUACUGGAUUGUUAAGAACAGCUGGGGGGAAGACUGGGGCAACCAGGGCUACAUCCUGAUGGCCCGUGAUCGCAAGAACACCUGCGGCAUUGCCAGCCUGGCCAGCUACCCCAUCAUGUAACCGGCAGGGAGUGGCGCAGCACUGAUCAGAAACAUGGGGGGUGGGGAUGCGGGUGGGAAGAGGAUAAAGCACCCCAGGAAUCUACAGCUAACGCUGGGUGAAACAUGAAGAAUUCUAACAGCCGACUUCCUUGGACCACCCACCUUUCCUACUGUCACACUAGCCCCACCCACCUGACCCCACUGAGUAAAGUGCACACAGAGCAGCUGCAUGGCAGCAGCUUUCCAGGGUGUUUGCUACGUGCCUUUUUUAGAACACAAGCUCACGUUAUUUUGGUCAGCGAAAAAGUAAUUUCUUUCAGUCUUGUGAUGCCUGGUGUCACAUGCAUUCUGAUUGUUUGCUGCCAUUAGAACUGGUUUCUCUAUGACAGCAGUGCAGCGAAACAAUGCUGACCUAACGUGAUUUACUGGUUUAAUGACAUUUACUCAGAAAAAUUCAGAAACUCUUAUCUAUGCUACACACUAAUGUGUUAUCUAUAUGUCUGAGGACUUUACUACUUUCCAAGAGAAUUUCUCCUUUACUGAGGAGCUCUUUCUACGUGCAAAGAAACUGAUAUUUUCAACAGAGAAUAAAAGAAUUCUUACACAAAUGUUGCCAGGUCUCAAUUAAGCUGUGAAUCAAGAAUCGUGCCCAGAGUACAUUACAAAGCUCUCUUUAUCAGGUAACAAAGCUAAUCCAUUGUGUGAGACCUCAGGUGACCAUGGUCUCUGAUGUAAUUCAGGUGAAAUACAUGCCUGCGCUGUUCCCUGGUUGAGCAGUCAGUUACACUGAGCUGCUUCUCCAAAUCCCCUCGCUUUUGUUGUCAGCACUGGCUGCCUUAAUUGACGGUGAUCAAAUGCCGCCUCUAAACAUUCAGAAAGAGUGAAUUAGCCGGGCCAUGUAAACCCAGGAGGACUGGGGAUCAGCAGAUCAGUAGAACCUGGGAUGGUGACACCUGGGGCAAACAGUAAAGACAAAAAGAAACUUGUCCUCUCCAUUUGGAGAACUUGAACCGCUACAGUGUAAUACUGUGGCAUCUGUAAGUCAGGGUAUUG